CGCAAAGCAGAGGCCUCUCAACUUCGCGUCACGCAGGAAGAGGAGGAUUCCGACUCGAGUAGCGAUUCAAGUGAUCCGCCUCCAGUGAUAGAAAAGGGUCCCAUCCUUUUAAGGCACGCAAGUAAUCCAUUUGCCACCUCGUUUGAAUCUGUAAGAGAUUCAAAAUCAAAGGCUGAACCACCUAAACAGCGCAAAGUAUCCCUACUUCGAAAACGCGUUCUGAGCAGGAGUUCACAACCACCCCCACCCCGAGCAGAGACUUCCACGGCUGCAGCCCAUACCAGGUCUAGGUCCGAUUCGCUCGUCCCUUUUGGCGAUACAAAGAACCGCAACAUCGUCAUUGCCGGUCGCCUCCCAUUAACGACACGAAUUCCAUCUGAACGAGUACUCCCUUCGAUCCCAUCCUUCGAGUCUGUGAGAGCUGGACGACAGUAUCAGCCUGAAGAAGAUUAUUUCCUCCCCCCUCCCAUUUAUUUAGCAAGCUCGACGGCCACAUUCGAAGUCGUCCCAUCACCCACUAGAAAGGAAGUUCCAGCAGUGUAUUACCCAGUGGACCCCACACCUUUGGCAUAUCCCAAGACUACCAACCAAUCAUCCGACUUUCUAUAG